AGCGCGCGAGGUCCUGUGUAAAUAAUGGAAAACACUACAAACAAUGAUUCCGGGUUAAGCGUGCCUACGCGCAGUCUGCCGCGGUCCCUUGGUUAGAUUACACCUAUUCAUUGAUAGAUGCAGUGAUACUAAGUUCACAAAAUGAAUGUCAACGGCCAUUCGUUUCUCAGUAAAGUGUUUAAUAUAGUAAAGGAGGAGUUGGGAGAAGAUGCGCCGCUUAUCAAGUUUGAGCACCCUAAGGAUUUGGAGAAAAUUCUCCAACUAGACUUAUCAGAGGCUACAGAUGAGAAGACUCUAGAGCAAUGCGUGCGCCAAGUUCUCCAGUACAGCGUGAAGACCAACAAGCCGACCUUCCGUAACCAGCUGUUUGGGGCCACGGACCCUUACGGACUCUCUGCGGCGUGGAUUACGGAAGCUUUCAACACCAGUCAGUAUACAUUCGAAGUAGCGCCCGCUUUCACCCUAAUCGAGAACAAAGUCCUGAGUCACGUCUUGAAGCUCUUCGGCAUCCCCGAUGGCGAUGGCAUCUUCAGCCCUGGAGGCAGCUUGUCGAUGCUAUAUGGCAUCGUCGCCGCGCGGUUCAGAGCCUUCCCGCAGGUCAAGGCCAAGGGCAUGUGGGGUCUGCCUCAGAUGGUGUUGUAUACUUCGGAAGACAGCCACUACUCAAUAAAGAAAGCAGCGCACUGGCUCGGCUUCGGUACCGACAGCAUUCGCACCAUAAAAACCAACGCCAGCGGUCGAAUGAUCCCCGAACAGCUAGAAGCGGCUAUUCUCAAAGACAAGAAGGCUGGACUACAUCCCUUGAUGGUGAAUGCUACUGCUGGGACAACGGUGCUGGGAGCCAUCGAUCCUUUACCGGUUAUUGCUGAUAUUUGCAAGAAGCACGCUGUUUGGAUGCACGUUGAUGCUUGCUGGGGCGGGAGUUUGAUUUUGUCCCGCAAACAUAAAAUUAAGCUGAAUGGCAUUGAACGAGCAAACUCCAUAUCCUGGAACCCCCACAAGAUGGCAGGAGCGCCGCUUCAAUGCUCACUAUUCCUUGUGCGCGAAAAGGGCCUCCUACACGAAGCCAACUCAGCCGCAGCGCAGUACCUGUUCCAGCAAGACAAGUUCUAUGACGUCAGCUACGAUACUGGUGACAAGAGCGUACAGUGCGGACGGAAGAUCGACGCAUUUAAACUAUGGAUGAUGUGGAAGGCGCGUGGCGACGCCGGUCUCAACCAACUCGCUGAUCGCACCAUGCAGAUCGCUCAGUUCUGUCUCGACACUGUGGCUAGUCGACCUGGCUUCAAGUUGGUCGUAGAUCAGUUGCAAUGCCCCAAUGUAUGCUUCUGGUACAUUCCCAAGCGGUACAGAACAGAUAAAGAAGAUGAGGAGUGGUGGGAGAGCAUGCAUAAGAUUACACCGAAAAUCAAGGAGAGCCUAACAAGAAACUCCCUGCUAAUGAUAUCAUAUUCUCCCCUGCGUGAGCACAAGAACUUCUUCCGCCUGGCCGUGACUUUCCAUCCGGUGCUGGAGGAGGCACAGGUCUUGAAGAUGUUAGCCGAUAUUGAACAAGCCGGCGAGGAAAUCACAAUAGAUCUUUAGUAGAAUUAACAUAAACUUAAACCCUUGCACAUGAUGUUAAAUUCUCCCCUGCGUGAGCACAAGAACUUUUUCUGCCUGACCGUUAUCUAUCCUUCAGGGCUCGUGUAAAAUCAAUUAUUGAAGAUUCGAGCAGAUAUAGCACAAGCGAGCGAGGAAAUCACACUAGAUUUUUAGUAGACUUAACAUAAACAUAGUCCAGGCAAAUUAUUUAAAAUUCUGUUCUGAGAGGCCACAAGAAUUUUUUCCACCUGGUGUCAUAAGGCAAAUAACUCACCAUUUUAUGGGCUUUGUUGAUUUCUUAUACGUCAUAUUCUCUUCUACGUAGAUUUUCCGCCUGGCCUUCAUCUAUCCUUGAUUGCUUAAGAAAAUCCAGGCAUUAAAGAUAUUAGCGGAUAUAUGUGCCGUUCUCAAACAAAAGGUACCACAUUGUGGCUAUAGCAUAAGGACGUUAAUAAGUAAUAGGCGAGACGACAAAAAAAAAACUAAUUAGUCCGUUAAUUAGAUUAUUAAAGAAUAUUAGACCCUUUUUUAUUAUUUUUUCUCUUAAACGAAAAAUGACGACGGUACAGUGCGUUGAAGUUUCGCGUGACGUCACGCCUAGGUACAAUUUUUACUUAGAAGUGACGUCACAAGCCCCCACUCCGGAACUUUGAUGCACUGUAUCUUUGUAUUUUUUCAUUAAUUAGAAAAAGCGAAAAAUUUGUGUUUAGUAUUUUUGGAAGAUCUAACUGACCGACUAAAUAGAAUGCCAUUUUUUUUAAUGUAGUCGUCAUCCCUAAUUGAUAAUAUAGAUAUAAGCAAAUGUGAUCCUUAGUUAAUUAAGUGACUGGGAUAUUUUUAGAAGAUUUAACGUUUAUUUUAAAACCUCCCUGCUCAAAUACUCUCCCCUGCCUGAGCAAACAUUUUCACUCGUUGCAGUCACGAACUUAAUCAUUUUGUGUUCAUCUACGAAACACUUUAUUUAUUUACAAAAUUAUUGUAUACUCUAAAUACUAAGUACUUAUGCUUCGAUUGGAAACGAUCCCCUUAUUUUACUAAUUAUUACUGAAAAUUAUGAGUUAGUUUAAUAAUAAUGUUUUUAAACUAGA